AAAAUCGUAAUGGCGGAAUGGCCGCUCUCUCCUCUCGGCUGGUCCUCCGCACAGAUUUUCUUUUCUCUAAAUUGUUUCUGUAACUUAUUCUAUUUUAUUCAAACCCCAGUGUAAAACAACAACCGUGCUAUCAAAGUUCCUUAAAUUUUCCCGCAAAUUUUCUGUUAAAUCCUAGCCACAGUGAGUAGGUUCGCUGUUAGUAGGUUGAACUUGCAAGCAACAACGGACAGCUCGAGAGGACCGGGGGGUGCUUCUCGUGUCACGGGAGGAAGGGACGAAGAACCUCGCUCCCAAUCCAAUAUUGGACGUUGGGUUCCUCCAGCCUUAAGACGCGAUGCACUUGCCCAAGAAAGCCCAGAAAACAUCAUCUUCCGCAAGGUUAGAGGGAUUCUUAACAAGCUUACUCCUGAGAAAUUCCAUAAACUGAGCUCUGACUUAUUGCAAAUUGAACUAACAACAUCAGAAUAUGUGCUGAAGGGCAUCAUAUUUUUGAUCUUCGAAAAAGCACUUGAAGAGCCGAAGUAUAGUUCUAUGUACGCUAAGUUAUGUAAGCGCCUAAAGGAAGAAGUUUCUGAACGCUUGAAUAACGAAGACGGAACUAAGCCGACGCUUUUUGAAAUUUUGCUGGCAAACACUUGCCGGCAGGAGUUUCAAAGUCGCUCGAACAUCACCGAAGGUCUUGAAAAGUCUGGCAUCGUCACAGCUGAAGAUGAAGAAAAACUACAGAUUGCCAAGCGCAAGAUGCUCGGGAACAUCCGAUUCAUCGGGGAGCUGGGUAAACUGGGAGUUGUCCCCGAUUCCACACUCCAUAGGUGCAUUUACCAACUCUUACAACGCAUAUGCAAAAACAAUGGAAAGGAUAAGGUUGAAGAUAUGGAGUGCCUCUGUCAGAUAAUGAGAACCUGCGGAAGAAUUCUGGAUUCGGGUAAAAGUCAGAAUUUUAUGAACCAGUAUUUUGAACGGAUGGAAAAGUUGGCGAACAAAACUGACUUUCCUCAACGCAUUCGUUUUAUGUUGCAAGAUGUUAUCGAACUCCGAAAGAACCGCUGGAUUCCACGAAAGGCAAUUUCUGCUGAAGGACCUAUGCCUAUUGCUCAGAUCAUCGACGAAGAGCACAGUAACAACGGAACAGUUGGUUUUAAGAGUCUUAUGCAGGGACAACUAUCUGGUCAGCGAGGAGGUUUCCAAACACCGGAUCUUUUCAGACGACCUCUGAAAAUGCGAGAAGACAUGCUGAGUUCCCCCUUUCCAACCCCUCACCCAUCGCAUGACAAAUUCAAUUCGUUUAAUCUUAAUGGUUUCAAUUCGGGUGGCGGACUCAACUUUCGCAACCAAGGCCGGCAAAACCAUUUCAUCUCCUCGUCAAUGGGCAACAGCAUGCAAAGUGCUCAUCAACCUAACUACUAUCAGAAUAGAUCAAAUUACAACAACAAUCAGCAUAACAACAAUAAUAACAACAACAAUAACAACGGAACAAGCAACACCAAUAAAGAAAUUGCUCCUCGUUUCAAGAAACUGUUGCAACAAGGUUCUAACUUGGAGGAUGUAUCCCUAAGACCCCCUGCCAAUUCCAUGAUUUGCAAACCUCCAAAUAACGUUAAGCCGUCAUCGACCAUGACAAACAAUAUGGUAAGACCCUCUAAUCUCAUGACAGAACCACUCAUGGUAACACCGCCGAUGAAAGCUUCACCAAUGGUCCAAACGAACAAGGAUCCUGUCAUUUUGAUAAAACCAGCUGCCAACGACAAGAGCAAAAUCAACAAAAAAGAGAAGAGUUUAACGAAGGAAGAAAUAAUGAAAAAAGUGGGCUCUUUUGCUAAAACCUUGGCAGAAAAUGGAAACAUCGAUGAAGCAGUGAAUAACUUCCGUGAUCUAAAGAUAGCAGAUCAUCUGGUUCCGGAGGCAAUCAACACCCUUUUCACCCAUCUGAUCAACAAAACUGAGAAUAACCAAGAACUUGCUGCAAAAUUUGUAAAAGCUUUAAAGAAGGGGAACAAUCAACCCUCCGCCCAGCAGUUUUUGAAAUGUUUUAAAACUCUCCUUAAUUCGAUGUCCAGCAAAGAUAACUCCUUCAACUUCAUUCAAAAGGCUGCUGGUUUAGCUGCUCAUGUGAUUGCCUCGGAAGAAAAUUUGCUCAAACUGAAUAACAUUGCUGAUCUUUCAGAGAACGGCAAAUACUACCCCCUGUGCAUCCUCACACUCCAGGUCUUGAGCAAAAUCGUUGGAAAACCGAAACUAACUCAGCUUUUCAAAGAGAGCAAAAUCAAUUUGCUUAACACACUGCCAGAAGCUGAUCGCACGAAAGAAAGGCUGGGGGAAAUUCUGGAUGAACAUGAAUUGACAUACUUGAUUCCACUGUUGCGUAUCCAAGCUGAACUUUGGAAACAAGUUCAGGCAGAUCCAAACCCAGCGCAGCUUUACAAGUGGAUCAAGGAGAGCUUAGAUCCAGCCCAUCAUUCGGAUCCUGGAUUCAUUAAUGCUUUAGUCACCGUUUUAGUUAAAUAUAUCACGGAAUCCAUCUCAGCAGAAGGAUUGGACUCAAAUCAAGUUCCUGACAAAGUGGCACAAGAUAAAGAAAAGCAGCUCCUAGAAAAAUUUAAACCCAUUUUGCAGGCUUUUCUUCAUGAACGUGUUGAUUUGCAGGUCAUAGCUGUUUACGCUUUGCAAGUUCAUUGUCACAGCCAUGAUUUCCCAAAAGGGAUGCUUCUACGAUGGUUUAACAAUUUUUAUAACUUUGAGAUUGUGGAGGAAGAAGCAUUUUUGAAAUGGAGAGAAGAUGAUGUUUCGGAUGUCUACCCUGGCAAAGGCAAAGCAUUGUUCCAGGUGAAUAAUUGGCUGACCUGGCUUGCUGAGGCCGAAGAAGAAGAAGAGGAAGAAGAGGAGGAAGAAGAAGAUGAAGAAGAAGAACCAGUCGAAGAAAUCAAGAACUAAAUCAUCUUUAAAUCAUUAAAGCACCAAGAGUUCAUCCUCUCUUCAAGAUCAGAAUAUCCUAGUCUCAAUCGAUAGUUACAGAGCCGUUUAAAAAUUUCUCAGCUAACAUUCUCCCUCGUCGAUUUGUCACUCUGCGUUUCAAAGUGUUCAGCACAUUCGCCAAUUUUAUAUUCAUCUAUUGCCUUUGUUUCUCGAUAAGACUUGCUCUGUACCUCAUUUCUUUGUUGUUUGAUAAAUUGAGCUUUCGGUUUUCACCACCAAAUGUGUGAAUCAUUGAAUUUUCCGCGAAACAUGUCUUUCAUGUAACUUUUAUCUUUAUUGAUUAGAUCUGUGCUCAUCCUAAUCAGGCGAAAGGUUCCAUCAGAACAUCGUCUACAUCUUAAUAAUGAUUUCAAUUUUAUUCCUUUAAAAUCAUAAUAAAAUCAGUUAUUGCAUUAAAUUGCACCCUACGCUAUGUCGAAGAUCGUGUGAAUCAAGGGAAUAAUCUGAAUCCCAACUAAUGCAAGUAAAAAUUAAUAUCUAAGCAACCUCUUCUCAAUAAUAAUGAAAAAUAAAAAAAUAACCAAUAAAAAAAUUUUCAUAAACACUUUUGGAAUUAUAAACGGAUCCUAGUUUAUUUUUCCAAAAAUAAGUGUCAGUUAAUGUAUGAUUCAGUCUUAUAUUUGUUGAUUUCAAUUUGAUAAAGGUCAGUGUGCGAGUUGUAAUAUACUUCUUUUUUGACCUUUCAGACUUUGUGUUUUCUACAAACUUGCAUUAUUAUUAAGUCCAUUUGAAAAGUUAAGAAUUAAAUUCCAAGCUGAUCAAGCCCCUCCAAAUACUGCAAGAUCCAUUUUAUGAGAUUUUGUCUACAAAUUGACUUUGUUUCUCUAGUAACGCACCUGCAAUCUAAAUAUACAUUGGUUUCGUGCUGUUUCUAUUUGAAAAUCUUAUGUGUACCAUGUGAAGAUGAGAAUCACUACCUUAGUAGUUCGCAGGAUGCCUGAAAACUAAUCUACGAUUCAGUUUCAGAUCAGAUAAGAAUAAGAAUAGUAACUAUAUCAACUGUCAAAACAUUAAUAUAUUGUUGAUUUUUUAGUGAGUACCUGGACGGGCAGUUGUUUGAUCAACUUUUCUCUUUAAUGGUUCCAUUAUUGUGCCCUCCAACAUUAAGGGACAGUAAGCUUUAUCUUCAAUAUACCAUCUCGGAUACUUUUUUCUUAACCGCUCAAUUCAGUCGAUCCAUUUAAUUGUAAGGUAGAAUUAGGAUUCUUUUUAACUGAUUUUUCAUCUGUCUGCUAGUAACUUCUUUAGGUCCAAGGUUGAUGAAUAAACACUGCAAUAUGCACGUCUACUGAUUUUCCCUGCUCACAUGUUUCUUUCGCGUUAACAUGUAUAGAAAUGAGGGGAAAUUCGGUCUGCAUGUUUUCUUUGUCAGCGCACACUAAACUUCGAUAAACCUUUUUCAUCUAUGAUCUGAAGUUGAAACCAACAUAGAUUUGAGGCAAUUCAUUAAUGACGUGUGUAGUUGUUUUCAUGAUCAAAUGGAAUUAUCGUAAAAAUAUUCUAUUCUGCUCUUUUCUCAUCUCUCGCUUAAUGAUCUACGAAUUUGUUUUCCUUUUUUUCUUUUUUAUCGAUUCGAAUUAAUCACUCUUAACUUUAAGUAAAGAUCAUUCACAAUUCAACAGAGUUAUGGUACCUCACUAGUCUCAGCAACUCAAUAAGUUUUUGAUUGGCAACACUGAAAAAUGCUUAAAACAUUCCUAAUUUUUUAGAUUUUCUCGCUCGUUUUGCCCUUUAUUCAUUGCUUUCAGCCCAGCUGGUAUCCAUGUUUUGGAUUCACGAUUUUCACCUCUAAAUUACCAUACUGAAUUCACUAUCCAUUAUCGAACUUUUAUGAAACGAUAGUAUCCCUCUUCACCCCGAUUAAAUUAUUGAAGGUGAACUUGAAGCGUCUCAGAAAAUAUCUGUCAGAUAUUUCAAUGAAUGUUUUUUGUUGGAACCAGCAAAUGUUAUUGAUUUCUGAUUUGCUUUCUAUAAUAAGUGACUGAGUAAUUGAAUCGAGUAAAUUUUUUCAGGGUAAACUAGUCUUUGUCUGUUCUUCCAAACAUGUCCUUGCUUUAAUUAAUUUGAUCAUCUUUCAUUUACCUUCAUGUCCAUUGCUAACGUGGAAUAUGAAAGGCUAAUUCUCGUUUUAAAUCGCAACCAAAAGAAUGAUUUUAAAAUUGAAAAUAAGUUCUCUUUUUUUCUCAUAUUACUUUUAAAAUGUGUGCAUUCCUAUUACUAAAAAAAUUGUGUAUUUGCUGCCAAUCAUGUGACCUCCUAGGUCACUGAAGGGGGUUUCCUUGUCCUCCCUUGAUGUGGUCUUUUACGCCAGGAAAUACUCCGAAUUGUUUCCAAUUUAUUCUCAAUUCAAUUUUGAACCAAUUUUUAAUUCUGAACUACCCUGAGUUGUGAACAAAAUUCCAUAAAUGUGAGCUAAACUAUAAUUAAUUUCUGAUUAUUCCUUGUGUAAAUUUGACAAUGCAAUUCUCUAAGGCCUCACAGAAAUUCGCUGUUGUUAAUCAGGAAUACAAAUGGUGUGCUUUAACUCACUACAUGUACAACGUGGUAUUUUUAAUUUCUCUAGUACUGAAAUGGGAAUGCAUCAAUUACCAAAUCGCCUGGUAUCAUAGUCUUAAAGAUUGCUCAGCUAUUAGGUACGCAUGACUGAAGUAUUCUUCAAUGAGAAUGAUAAGUUAAAUUUUAAUAAUCUUAAAAGAAAAUGAGACCAGUAAGCAAGUGAAUCAAACAGUAUGUAUCUCAACAUUUGGUUGAACAAAUCAAUCAAUCAGGGCUGUGUUUGCUCAUAUAAAAGGUCUACUUGUGAGGUCGUUUUACAGCUCUCAGUCUUCGACGUUCUCAACCCAUCUGUUGGAGAACAGUGGAAGAAAUACAAGUUGUCAAUUGCAUUCUGUAGACAAUUUUAAUUUAAAACGGAACGUUCAUUCAUGAAAAUUUAAGUUUAAACAAGUACAUGGUUACUGUAAGAAAGUACAUAUGUUAUUUCUUAAUUUUUGGACUCCAAUGAAUUUUUCUCUUUUCCUAACUGUCAAGUUCCUCCAUUUCUUUUUUACUUAUUUCCAUUUUUUGUAAGAUUUAUAUGUGAAAAUAUCUACGUGCAGAAUGCAGAUGACAGACUUAUCUGCCAAAUAUGUCUUUAAUUAUUAUCAUGUGCAAUGGUGUCACUGAAGUGAGGCACUGCCAACGUCAGUGGCAUUACCCUCUCCAAUCCUUUAAUAAUUAAUUGAAGUUUCAGUAUCAGACGUAUUAUGAAAGUUUGUUAUUAAGUCAAAUCUGUGCAGUUAAUCUGAAAUUGGAUGGAAUUUUUAAAAUAUAUAAUUUAUACAAUACAAA